UCAGGGUGUAUAUGUUCUGUGCUUUACAUAUGUCAUUUAGAAAACAAGAAAGUUUUGUGAUUUCUGUAAAAUAAUUAAAUAACAAGUAAAUUUGAUAAUUUGUUCUUAUCGAGUAAUCUUUUUAUUAAUCAUACUACUUAGAAUAAUUAGAUAUAAAUACUUUUAUAUACCUAAAUUUGUGUAGAUAAUAAACGUUAACGUUUAACAAGUUGAAAAGUUUGUCUUUCAAAUAGUAGUGAUUUUGUAAAGACCAUAUUAUGGAAUGGACAGUUUGCUAUCUGUGAAACAUCCAAUUGCUUUGUGUUGAGUGUGUGGACUGUCUGUCAGACUGCCAGCAAAGCCAACAGGGACUGUGUGUGAACAAGUGGAUGUGAUAGUUGAGUGCUAGUCACAGGAGUGCUACGCUGCAUGGCAGCGGGCUAGCACUUAUUAAUCCAUGUGAAACAACUAAAUUGUGAACAUGUUGUGGUGCACUAUUAGGAAUUAUUUUCAUAAAUAGGUCGCGGCGGCGGGGUGAUGCGGCCAUGGCUUCGCGGCGCGUGACGCGCAAGUGGGAGGUGUUCGCGGGACGGAACCGCUUCUGGUGCGACGGCCGCCUCAUGACGGCGCCCCACCCUGGCGUGUUCCUGCUCACGCUCGCGCUCAUCUGCGGCACGUGCGCCCUGCACUUCGCCUUCGACUGCCCCUUCCUGGCCGCGCGCGUGUCGCCCGCCGUGCCCGCGGCCGGCGCGGCGCUGUGCGCGCUGACGCUGGCGGCGCUGCUGCGCACGGCGCUGUCCGACCCCGGCAUCAUCCCGCGCGCCGCCGCGGCCGAGGCGGCGGCGCUGGAGGCGGCCGAGGCGG